UCUAUCAUUCCGUCAACCCCGCCCUUUCCGUCAGUCUGACGAAUAGAAUCAGAUCAUACUGAAUCACUUCUUUUUGCCGCUAAAACUAAACUCACUUAGGCUUCUGGACGCGCCGAGCUGCCUCCUGUUUGUGUGGAUAAAGGGAACAGAAAUAAAUUUCAGAAUCAGUGUAGUUCAACUUGGCAGCUGAAAAUGGGAAUAUCCGGAUUGCUGCAGUUCAUCAAAGAUGCAGCAGAGCCCAUCAAUGUGAAAAAAUACAAAGGCCAGUCCGUGGCUGUGGACACAUAUUGUUGGCUGCAUAAAGGAGCAUUUUCAUGUGCUGAGAAGCUCGCAAAAGGAGAACCAACAGAUCAGUAUGUACGGUACUGCAUGAAAUUUGUGGACUUGCUGUUGACCUUAAGAGUCAAACCUAUUCUGGUGUUUGAUGGACGAAAUCUGCCUUCAAAACAAGCUGUGGAAAAGUCCCGCAGAGAACGCAGAGAAGCCAACCUUCAGAAAGGCCGACAGCUACUACGUGAAGGCAAAGUGUCUGAGGCCAGAGACUGUUUUACCCGCUGUGUUAACAUCACCCCAGCCAUGGCACACAAUCUUAUUAAGGCUGCGAGAGCAAGAGGGGUGGAUUGCAUUGUGGCUCCGUAUGAAGCUGAUGCCCAGUUAGCUUACCUCACUAAAUCUGGUUUGGCCCACGCUGUCAUCACAGAAGACUCUGACCUGCUGGCAUUUGGCUGCAAAAAGGUUAUCCUCAAAAUGGACAAGCAAGGAAAUGGCUUGGAGAUAGACCAAAGUAACCUGGGCCGCUGUCGUUCCCUGGGUAAUGUUUUAACAGAGGAGAAGUUUCGCUACAUGUGCAUCCUGUCUGGCUGUGAUUAUCUGCCCUCCUUGCAUGGUAUUGGCCUGAGCAAGGCCUGCAAGGUCUUACGGCUGGCCAAAGACCCUGAUAUACUGAAGGUGAUCAGAAAGAUGAGCCAAUACCUAAAGAUGAACCUAGUUGUUCCAGAAGAGUACAUCGAGGGAUUCAUCAAAGCCAAUAACACCUUUCUAUACCAGCUGGUGUUUGAUCCUGUCAAGAGGAAGACUGUGCCCCUCAACCCAUACCCAGAGGACAUUGACCCAGCCAGUCUCAGCUAUGCUGGACUUCGUCUUGGAGAUGACACAGGCUUGCAAAUGGCCAUGGGAAACCUUGACAUCAACACCAUGAAGAAGAUCGAUGACUUUUGCCCGGACAAACCCAUUCUUCAGCCUUCUAAACCCCGCAGUCAUAGCUGGAAUGACUCACCAGCUCCCACUGGGCCCAGUAUCUGGAGUAAAGACUUCAAGCAAGCAAAUGGUGCCCCGUCCCAGAAUGCUGUCCUCCUAGACAGGCCUCUCGCCACCAGGGGGAAGGAGAGAGUCAUCAACCUGGACAGUCUGAGACUGCCUUGCCGAGAACUGCAGGUGAAGAGACCACGAGAAGAUUCCAGUAUAUCAGACCAGGAUAUGCUGCAGCAGUACUCUGCCUCAAGUCAGAAGCGAUCCAGGUCAGCUCAGCAGCCACACAAGCCAACAUUUACCAGGCAGCCCUGGCCACGUAGCUGCCUCCCUACUUUGCUACAGAGGAGGAACCAGGAGGCUGAGGAAGAUGGCCAGGCCACAUGUAGCAGAUUUUUCAGUAGAUCAGGAGUCAGAUUAAGCACUAAGGAGUCUGCGUGGGAGGAUUUACCUCAGCAGUGUGAGCCUUGCCAUUUAAGUCCCACUCAGAUCAACUCUCUCAACACUCAGACUAUUGACAGUGAUGGUCCUGAUGUUUCAUCUGUGGAUACCCCCAGCCCACAUCCAUCACCAAGCACCAUGUCUCCUGGAUCAGCCAGUCAGGGCCCAAGGCUGUUUCACUGGUCAGGGAGCACCACCUCGGACGAGCAAUCAAGCAAGCCUGGCUCUGCUACAGGCCUGGUUGCCCUGCAGCAGUUUCAAUACAAGAAGGACAUUUCUUCCUUUUCGACAAAAACCCACAUAUCCCCUGGGGAAGCGUCAGCCCCAUGUCCAUCCUCCACUGACAGAAACCUAGAGGACAAGGACAACCUCCCAGAUUCCCCUCCAUCUCAGGACAGUGCCUUCUUCUCCCAGUCCCAGCCUAGCCUUGCUUCCUGCUACAACGAGGGAGACUCCACCUUCAGCCCCCCCCCAUCCUACCAGGAGGAUGCUAGAUCUGAUAUGAAUUCAAGCAAAGAUUCUGAGCCAGAGCAGAGUCCCUCGCAUUCAGCAGAUGCAGCUAAGAAUCCUGGCAUGCUAAGAUCAAAGGUCUCAGGUCUGUCGAAGCUUAAAUGCAGCAGUCAGCAUCAGUCAGCAAAGGUGCAAACGUUGGGCCCUGCCAGGGCCAGCGGACUGAGGAAAAGGCUUGUGGGUUGUGGGAGGAAAACCUCCUCCCCCAAUAACGAGAAUAAGCCUGGUGUCCAGGCCACCAUCAGCAGCCUCUGGAAGAACUUCAGCUUCAAAAACCUUGCAGACCUUUGGCAUUCUAGCUGUCAGUUUUUUGAGAGAUGCAAGGAAGAUUACUCCCUGUGAGGACCAAGUGCCCAUGUCUCCAGUCUGAGAAUACCUGCCGGCUAGCUCGUCUCAAACCGACACAAACUCAACCACCAGCUUCUGAUGAAUGCUUUGAAUUGUGGGAGUGAGACUUUUAAACAUGUAUGUUUAUGAUUUCUCAUCAAUUUGUAUUUCUUAAUGUAUAGUUUUAAAUAAAACAUUGCCUUCUGAUCCCAGCA